AUGCUGAAAGCAGUUUUUGUGACAUUAACAUGCAUGGCUUUAAUCUGUUUUUUCGUCAUCCCCGCAUUACGAUGUACAGGAAUUGCUACUUUUUCCGUUCUUUCAAUUUCAUAUACAUUAUUGGGCACACUUGGUUGGUGCGGUCAAGACAUUGACCCGGUUACAAUGAUCAAUUUAUUAAUGGCUAUCGGUCUUUCUGUCGAUUUCUCAGCUCACAUUUAUUAUCAUUUUGAUAUUUUGCAAGAAAAACAAAAGGAAAUUCAAACAGAAUCUCCAAUAAAAAAUAUUAAAAUUUUCGAACAAAAAGAACUUGAAAAAAGUAUAGAAAAAAUACUUGAGGUUGUUGGUAGGCCUAUGCUUGAGGCUGUUAUCUCAACAAUAAUUUGUAUUUUCCCACUCUUCUUUAUCUCAAUUGAAAUUAUUGCUUCGUUUGCAAGAACUGUUUUGUUUUUAGGGUACUUUAAUUUUUACAUAAAGGGAUCUCGGACAAAAUAUCUGGUGUAUCCGUACUUGCAGAAAGAGUAUAUGUAAAUGAAGUUAAAUAACCCUUCGUCCGGUCAUAGAUUAAGGGAAAUAUCUGGAUAUCAGGAGAUUUGGAGGACUAUUGUGGUAUCCGGAGUUUGGUAU